UACCAAGAUACCUAAGUAUCUGAUUCACUUGAUCGAGGUGUGUUUACUUGUGAAAUCUCUAGCCAACACACCAAUGACACCACCAACGAGAUACCAAUAGAACUGCAUAGAUCCUGUUCUUCGUUCCGUUUCUUGUCGCAUUGUUUCUUUCAUGCAACUUACACAGCUACCUUUCCUUUGGUUGUAUCCUUGAUUCCCGGAAUAUUCCAACAUGCCUGUUUGUUUGUUCGUUGGUCAUCGCCAAGUAACUUCAAGUUCGAGAAGUUAUUGUAGGAUUAAUGUAGCCUUCAAAGUCAGAGUACUUUGACGAUAUAUGUCGUCCCCCUCAUCCCCUUCAUCUCCUUCGUCUUUUGAUUUUCACUCAAAAUCACUGGUUUUGUAGCAAGCUUACUAUCCAAUUAUAGAAACAUAUACCUCAUAAGCCCUCAAGCGCGUAAAUCCUUCGACUCCCAUCCAACGAGGGGUCUGCGGACAGGCUGACACUAUUCUUGGCAUGCCCUCAUAAAACCACAUCAUGCCUCCCUGGAAAAUUAGAGUUGUACUGUGGUGGUUCAGUCAUUUUGUUAGUAUGGUACUGGCCGUUUCUACAUAGAGAUUCUUUUUUUUUUGUUGAUAACGUUGCUCAAUACCCUUGUUUUAUUCAUUUCUCCACAAUCCUUAUACCCUUGCCUCAAUUAGCUCUUCCUUUUAUCCUUCUAGAAUGUCUUAUUCAUUUGCUUUCGAUCAUACCCCACAAGUUUUGAAUCUCUUUUCCGAGUGGUUAUGUUGGUGUAUGCUUUGGGCUGGUAUCAAAGUCUAUUCGUUCAUUUCCCGAAAGAAGAUACCUUCUGCCCGAGGAGGUGAUUUCGAGGCAGAAUCAACAAGUCUUGCAUUCUUUAUCGUUACAUCUAGUGUCUGUGCAUCGCUUGUGGAAGUGAAUUGGAUACUGCCAUUCCUUACUCCAGCACUCUACUUUGUCACUCGAAAUAACGAUGCCGAUCAUCAUGUUCUUCCUAGCAACUCCAAAUUAGAGAAAUUAGAAUAUCCAACCGAUUAUGGCUUUAAUCUAAUAUUUUAUAUUCUCUUCGCCAUUUCAACUAGUGUUCUCUUUCUCCCCUCGGCAUACAGCCCUAUCACUAUCGGUUUGGGUCUCAUAUUUCUCAUCUGCCAAACGACUAUCUAUGCACGUCUAAGCACGUCAUAUAGUGCCCGUGAUGAAGCUCCCUCUGUGCAUCAACUAUUUUUACACCUGGAAGAAACAUGCUGCUGGGUAGUUUGCUUCCUUACCGUUAUCCUCCUGGUUUCACAGCAACAAAGUCCGGAGAUUCUUAGUCUCUCGAUUUACAGUAUCUUCAAGGCACUUUUAUGGGCUGCUGUCAUAAUUCUUUGCAAUGGAGGUCAUGCUUGUACCUUAACUCUCGUGUCUACCUUUGGACUCUCUACCAUAUACAUACACGUCCUUCCUUCUCCAGCUUUAGCUGUGUUGUCGUGUCUUUGUGCGCUUCUUGUUCUAGCACAUAUUAUAUCCACCUUGCCACGGAAGUGUUCUACACGCCCGAUUCUAGGCUUCUUUGCUGUCUUCCCCAUUAUGGCACUUCUUUUACAUUUUGGAAUCCCUGAGACCAUCGAGGCCUUUUCCAAAUUAAUGAAUGGAAUCUUUUAUCAAACUCACUGCACAAAUAAUCAAGACACCUUGGGCAAUGCCACAGAAAUUGCUCAUGCAAUUAUGGAUGAGCCCUCUCGGCUUGUGGCGGAAUUUGGUCCUAGAGAAGAACUAACAUCAUGGCUAGAUGCCAUAUUUGGACUUUCGAAGUCAUGCACAGUUCCUACUGCUGUGGCUGUCGAGUUACGAUAGCACUUGUACACUGUGUUGUUCCCCAUAUAAAGAUAUAUCACAUAUUCUGCACAACUUCCCAUCAUCACUAUCAUCAUUAUAGAUAUAGAUUAUAAACAUCAUUACGGGUCAUAUGUAAAUAGAUUUUCGUGGAGAAGGAUGAAAUUCCAAGAAAUAUCUAAAUAUACCUUUCAUCAAAAGCGUUCAUCAGUUUGUAUAUCUUGUGUCAUCGACACAUUUUCCGGGCCAUGACCCUGAAUAUUCUCCCUGUUCCCAUGCGUUCUCUCAACUAUCACAAUAUGUUCGCCCCCGAAAGCCCUAAUGCAG